GAUGCAGGACGGUGUAAGUGGUCCUGAGCUCUGACUCCUGAUUUGCAGAGGAGGACAGUCAGGAAUCGUGCUCUUGGAUCAGUUUGGGGGGUGGAGGGGGGGUUUGGUGCUGCUUAUCGCGCGCUCCAAUUCCCACACCUCUAUUCAUCUGGACUCCUCAGAGCAUGCCGGAGCUCGGACUUGCACAUUUGGGAUGAUUUUAAUAAUGGUUCGCUUCAAACGCACAUUUUCACGGAGCUGCAGUUGAGCUUUCGAUCGAAGCCUGGCUGAAUUCUCGCACCGUGAUGGAUACAAAUGAGUCCACAGUACUGAAACUUUUUGUUGUCGGGAUUUUGGUCAAUGCCUGGAUGAUGAGGGGGUUGUCAGCCGCCGACAGCUUGGACAUCGAGCCCACCGCCCCCCGGCCGAAAAAAGCCUGCAACGAGUCCCGUCUGCGCUGGGAGGUGGAGGUUUGCGGAGAGGUCUUCAAGCGGGACAUGGGUCACAUAGAUCCACAAUACUGGUGUAACCUCACACACUUCAUCAGCGAGUACCACCACUUCACCCGCUGCACAGAGCUCAAGGCCGACGUCGUCAGCUGCUACUGGCCCAAUCCGCUGGUGGAGAGCUACAUCAUCCGCAUACACAAGCACUUUUUCUCCAACUGCAGCGCGGACCAUGUGGUAUGGGUGGACCCGCCGGACGACACGCUCACCAUCCUCAUCCUCAUCCCUGUCUUCCUCACAUUGGCCAUGAUCGCCCUGGUGGUCUGGUGCAGCAAGAGGAGCGAUAUCCUGGCCUAGGAGGAGAGGAAGAUGGAGGAAGAUGGAGUUCAGACCUCUCCACUCAAACAAUUCUGUGGAGAGGAGUGCACAAAAGGUUUUGAGCGGUUGCUUCAGCUGGUCAAACUACCCCAUAAGUGAUGCCACAAAUCACCUACAUUUCCAGGGGAAAAAAAGGAAAAGUAGUUCCUGGGAGUACAAAGUAGUAGUUUCUUUAAUAUAUUAUGUGUGAUUUUUCACAUUUAUGACAUUUAUUAUCUUACUAUCACUCAAAGGGUUAAAAAAAACAGCACCCGUGUGGCUCACUUAUUUACACGCUCAGUGACGCUAGUUUAUUCCGUACCUGAACAGAAGAAAAACAGUUUUUCGGCAGUACCUGAACAAAAAUAUAAGGAACAUCCCACUAAACCCCAACUCAUCGCUUUUACAGAGCAUUAGAGAUGCCGGUGUGAUUGGAUGGAGCCAUAUUAGCUGUUUCCCUUGCAUCCAGCCUGAAAAUACAUACAUCACAAAAUGACCAUUUGUACACCAAUAACGUUUACCCGGGAAUUCCUCUAAGAAAAAACAGUUUCUCUUGCAUCACACGGGCUGUGUGAUAGUUUGUAAAUGUAGAUUGAUAAACUUCUGCUGUUGUUCUGUUCUGUUUUCUUCAAAAUGUCGGGUAACAUAUGGUAAGUAAAUGAUGUGCAAAUGGUCACUGUUUGGGUGAAGUAUUCUUUUAAACUAAGUUAAGCUAACCAGCUGCUGUCCAUAGCUGUUUUUUCAUUGUACAGAUAUAAACGUGGUGUCAAUCUUCUCUCUCAACAAAUAGCAGAUGAAGCUAUUUUCCCGAGUGGUCUAAUUAUUUCAUGGAGACAGAGAAGGACAUGGACACCGCUUGUAGGGCGAUCCGACCAGUGGGACAACCGACAAAAUCUUUGGAAAUUCUUUGUAGCUCGCGGAUCCGGACCGUUGACCUCUGAGAUUUAUUUGAGCUCUGAACCUUUGCCGAAGGCCAAAACAUCUACUAAUCUUUUGAGGCAGUGACUCAAGUCUAACCUGGUGGGAAAUGACUCCCAAAGACCACCACUGUAACAUGAUACUGUAUGACGGCUUGGAUAAAAGAAGAAAAAAUCGGAUUUAAUACUGAUUCUUGAAGUUGUAUCUUACUGAUGAGUGACUGAAAGGAUCCACCGGUCAAAGACAAGGCAACCCAAUGACCCAUGUACUUUGGGACGUACUUCUCGUGUGACUACCUGAGCCUCAAAGGACUGUUUUAUAACAGUGUAAAUGAUCAGACAGUGUUAAUACUCACAAAGAAAGGGUUCUCAAUGGAAACGAAGGACUAUGAACUGACAUUGAAACCUCAUCCUGUACAGUUAUGCUUUCUGUCCGUGCUGUCUACUGUAUCUGCAUCGACUCUCCGGUGUUAUUCAGACCGGUGAGGAAUACACACUGAGGCUUUGGAGUGAAUUCCUUUGGGGAACGGCUUUAUUCGAUGUAAGCACUUCAUGGGUUUUUUUGAACCGCAGUCGUCAGCAACCACGAGGCAAACUGCACCGAUCAAAUGCUAUUUUAUUUUCUUCCAAAGCAUAAGGCAUCAAUCUCUGUUCAUCAGCCCUCACCUGCACACGUUUGUCUAUGGAAACUAAUUAAAAUAUAUCCUAAAAUAA